AUGCCUGUCCAUGAUCCCGUCUUGGGUGCAGCACUCCAGAACAGGGCGUCUGCUUGGCACUUUACACCUUUGCCGUUCUUACCGAGGAGAAAGGAACGUCAAACGUUGAACGUUGUGUUGCAACAUACAGAGAUAUCCACACUGACAAACAGUGUACGUAAAAGUAAAUACAAUACAGCCCAUUAUCUUGAUAUCGUGGAGUUGUGGGGAUUUCGCGGGGUCCGGGGAUUGGGUUUAGAUAAUACAUUGAUUGUCGAGCCGUUGGCGACAGAGGAUUUCACGAUCAGGAGAUCACAUCCGGCACUUCAAACACCAAGCCUAGGCGCUAUCAUCUCAUCUCUUCAUCCGUCAGAUCAGAUGUUUACACGCACCACUUAG